AACAAUAAGAUGCCAGCUCAUCUGAGCCUGGCAGAGCAGGAACGGGAGUGGAGGAAGACGGGCAAAACGGCAAAGCUGGGUCUCGCUGCGAUCGCAGAGAAAGGACAGCUGAAGAUGUACGACACUGCGAGGAAACAGAGAGAUUCCAGCUCUGAUGUGAAACCCACAGCCCUGGAGCAGAAAAGAAAAGCAUGUGCUCCACCGCACAUUAAAUCAGCCCAGAUUAAUAUCAAUAAACGAAAUGGAAAUAAUGCAGAGUCAAAUGCUCUAAAAGUGGACGAGAGACUGCGACUGGCCCGGGAACGGAGAGAGGCGUACCAAAAACAGCUGGCACUGCGCGAGCGUGGCUGGCUGGCGAGGGAGGAGCGGGCCAAGCUGUUCUACGAGAAACACCUGGAGGAGCGACGGAAGAAGUUGGAGGAGCAGCGACAAAGAGAGGAGAGGAGGAGGAUGGCGGUCGAGGAGAAACGCAGACAGAGGGUCAAAGAAGAAAGAGAGCGUUAUGAGUCUGUGGUGCGGAAGACGAUGGAAAAAAGUCAAAAGGCCAAACAGAAACCUGGCCACUGCUCACGAAGGGUCACCAAGAAUGAAAACAAAAAUGCUAAACACCGCUCUCUUAGUCAGUGGGAGAUUGACCUUGUCCGUCGCCUUCAGACCCCUACCGUCUCUUAUCUAGCCAGAAGCAAGAGUGCUGUGUGUCUGUCACGAGACACAGUUGUUCAUGUUUGUCGUCGUUCAGCCUCAUGUCAUACCAUGAACUCCAGCACCACACGAAAGCCAAAGGUGCAUUGUGGGAAAGUGCCAAACAGGCCUGCAAGCUCAAGUCCAAACGUCACUAUCCGCAGAACAACCAACAGAGAGCUGGUGGAAAAAGGUGAUUUUGAGGGACAAGACUUGAAAAAGCCACAGCUACAAACAACAACUGAAAUCCAGCCCAAACAGGACAUAAACCCACCAGAGAAUACUGUCCUCCCACCAUCAUGGCUGCAGAACAGAUCACAUGUCAGACAUGCCACACUUAAACAAGACAGUUUACCUCCGCUGCCAGAAGAGGAGGAUCUAGAACCAGAGCAUGAACUCUCCUCUGGUCAGCCUGACGAAACACUUCCUCAACAACGUCCAGCUACUAACGGGCCUCUGAAUCCACCGGCAGGCUCUCAGAUUCCUAAUGGACCAAGUCGGAUUGGUGACGGCGCUCAAGUCAGACCUUCUUCUUGGACUACAGACCCUGAGCAGGCCUCUCGCUUACUGGCAGAGAAAAGGAGGCAAGCCCGACUCCAGAGAGAGAAAGAGGAAGAGGAACGCAGACAGAAAGAGGAGACAGAGAGAAAGAGCAGAGAGGAACUGGCCCGUCGGAGAGCUGAAGAACGAGCCAGACAGGAGGCAGAAACCCUGAGACUGGAGGAAGAAAAGAGGAAGAAAGAGGAAGAAGAGCGACUUCAGGCUGAGGAGGAAAACGCUCGCAGACAGAGAGAUGAGGAAAAAAGGCUUCAACAGCAGAGAGAGGAAGAGGCUCGUCAAAGGGUGCUGGCAGAGCAGCAGAGACUGGAAAGAGAGAGCCGUUUCCAGAGAGAGGAGGCCGAACGCCAAGAACGGAAAAAGCGCCUGGAACAAAUCAUGAAAAGAACAAGAAAGACAGACUCUGAAGAAAAGAAAACUGCAUCGGACAACUUGCCUUGUGAGAAUGUGAAUCCUGUAAUCAGGCUACCAGGUCCAGGAAAAAUGCCAAAGCUGGAGCUGAGGGACGAGGAGGAUAUGCUUCCUACUGUGGCCUUCAAAGAGCGCCGAUCCUUCCGCAGUCUUUCUGGCCUGGAUGAGAUUCAAGCCCAUCAGCAAACUGAGGUUAUUUAACCCACGGACCUGUCAUGUGAUGCCAAGACCGUCAGAGGAACUUCAGCAAGCUUGUCUUUCUGAAAAACACAAAAACAUCAUAUGCACAUGAUUUCCCUGCACUUUAAAAAAAAAACCUGUAGGAAACAAGUCACAAUUCCUUAUAAAGAAUACAGUUCUUUAUUUUACAACCCAAUUAAAACGCCUACAGCAAUUACUGCUUGAUUUGCUAAAGUGAAAUCAUGCAUCGCUGAGUAGCCAAAUAACUUUGGGUAUGUUGUAAGAUUCACAUAAUAAUAAUAAUAAUAAUAAUAAUGACGACUUAAAGGUACAUUACCCACCAGAUAAAACUUGAAUGCUUCAUAUUUUAGCUUUAAUUUAGUCAUAUUUUAUAUUUUAGUCAGUACAUUUAUGAUGUUAUGAAGAGAAAUGAUUUCUCUUUGAAUCUCUGAGCAGUGAUGUAAUAGUCUUAUGGAUUUAUUAGUCUUAUCAGGUAUAUAAACAGCAAUUCACCUGCACGAAUGCAUACUGUACACUACCAUUUAAAAGUUUGGGGUCAGUAUGAUUUUCUUUUUUUAAAUAAUUAAUACUUUUUAUUCAGCAAGGAUGCAUUAAAGUUACAGUGAAGACUUAAGAUUUGUUUUUUUUUUUUAAAUAUAUAUAUUUCAAAUAAAUGAUAGAUGAAAAAAUCUAUCAUGUUUUCCACAAAAUAUUAAGCAACACAACUGUUUUUAACAUUGAUAAUAAGAAAUGAUUCUUGAGCAGCAAAUCAGCAUAUUAGAAUGAUUCUGAAGGAUCAUGUGACACUGAAGACUGGAGUAAUAAUGCUGAAAAAUAUUUUAAAACAGAAAACAGUUGUUUUAAAUUGCCAUCAUAUUUGUCAAUAUUACUGCUUUUUAUCAAAUAAAUGCAGCCUUGAUGAGCAUUAGAACAAAAAUCUUACUAGCAGCAAACUUUUAAAUGUUAAUGUAUGUGUUACAGUAUUUAUUUAUAACCAGAUAUCUGUGUACUCAUGUAAUUAAGCAUCUCUUUGCAAUGCUGCCGUUUUGACUCAUGAGGGUACAAUUGUAUACAGAGGUCAUUUUCCAUCUGUCCUUAUUGCUGAAUAGUGCUUUUGCAUCACAGUAUUAUGCCAGACAGGUGAGCUCAUGAAUAUUUUCACAGUUUCUUAGCUGGUUUUGCACUGCUGCUAUUUAGCUUUUCCAAAUAAGAACAUUCCCUCAGCCCUUUUUCUUAAAUCAAAAUGUGUGAUUAUUAAGUGCUCGUCUGCCUUAUGAACAUUGAUAUAGUUUCCCGGUACCUUGUGCAAUGAUAGAGGCUUAUGCAAAUAAGGUGUAAAGAUGUAAACAGUUUAAUUCCUUUUUUUAUUGGUGUAAGUAAAUAAGCUUCAAAAAACA